AUGCGUUUUCAAUUCGCACGGCUUGCCGCACUCGCAACAUAUACUAUCGCUCUCUUUCAUACCCCUGCCGCAUCCGCGCACCCCCGCCGCAACGCUCUCACUGCCAAAUCUCAUGCUGCGAUCUCUCACCAUAUCGACGUUCCGCCGCCGACUCCAGGACACUUUGCGCUUCACCAGCGCCACGCGCCACGCGCAUUGCUUGAUGUAUGCGCAUACAUCGACCUCGAUGUCCUCGAGGACCUCGGAAUUGACCUCGGCAUCCCGCUAGGCGCAAUCCUCGACCUCGAUGUCUGUCUGUGUCUUUCGCUCUUCCCGCUUGUGUUAGAAACCGACGUUCAGCUUGCCGCUCUCAUUCCUCUGCUGGGCAUCAACAAGCUGACGGAAAUCCUGACACUUGCCAUCAAUGAAGCCCCUGGAUCGCAACAUUGCACUUGUCCCGAUAAUUCCGAGCCUCAUUGCACGAAGGAUGACCCGUGCGGAUGGCAUUGCAAGCCACCCUACGUGAAGAAGGACGGCCAAUGCGUCUGCCCGGCUCCCUACACGGAGUGCAAUGGCAAAUGCGGAUCUGCUCACCGUUUUCCUCUUCGGUGUUGGGGAUGUGGAUCGUCCGUGCCACGUGCACUCGCUGCUGACCCGCAUACCGCUGUCGCAUCACUAGCAGAUGCUCAACUUACCUGCAAGUCGUACGAGACGGUAUGUGGUGUGUACGGCGGGUCUUCUCGAAGCUUCGAAUGCCUCGACGUUGACACUGCACUCGAGAGUUGUAUAACGCUGACGUACUUUCAGGUGGCGGCUGCAUGA